AUGGGAAUAAUAGAUUAUAAUUUAAUGCGCUAUUUUUCUAUAUGUAAUGAAAUGAUAGAUAAGCAUAAAGAUGAUGGAGAAGAUUUAUGGGGAAAUGACUGUAAUGCCACUUUUAAUAAUUCAUCUAGUGUUUAUUCCAUAAAUAGAAAAAUAUGUCAACAAGCUUUGUUAUAUCUAGCUGAUAUACAUAAUAUUAAUGAUAUGUAUUUAGGGGAAUAUGGCUGCAAAUACCUGUAUUAUUGGAUAUCACCCAAUCUUAAUAAAUGGAAAAAUGACAUUGACGAUAUCAAAAGUGUUUAUAUUAAACUUCUCAAUUUAUAUGGUAAUAAAUUCUUGAAGGGAUUAAAUCACAAGUGUUAUAAAUAUAAGGAUGAUAUUACAGAAGAUGAUUUGCAAGUACUGAAAGCCAUGUAUGAUAUACGUACGUAUGCUUCCAAUAAUAAAAAAAUAGGAUAUGAUAACGUGUAUAAUGGAAAUGAUUUUUCUGUGGCAGUAAAUAUAAUAAAAAAUCAUUAUGAAUUACCAGUAAAAACAGAAAUACGAGAAGUAGUAAAAGAUCAAUUAAUACCGUGUAAUAAAACUAACAUUGGAGUACCCAUUAUAAUCACAGUUAUUGUAAUGCUGAUAACAUCCAUAUUUUUAUUCAUGUUGUAUAAGUACACAACAUUAGGUUCAUAUUUGCGCCUCAGAGUAAAAAAUAUAAAACGUAACAUGAAUAAUGACAAUGAAGAAUGGAAUAAGAGACAAUCUACAGAAAUAUCACGUAAUAUUUUGAGUGAUAGCAGAUACAAUAUAUUUUAUAAUUUUGAUUAA